AUGUUAAUUGCCGUUUUAGCAACCUGUGUUCUGAUGUGUACUGUGAGCGGCGAUGGACCCGGAAUCGUGGCGUUCUCUGCCUCAUUCAAUGAGAGUCAAGUGUUUGAAACCGACCAGCUUAUCAAGUUUCCCAAGGUGCACAACAACUUCGGCAACGCCUUCAAUAAUGACACCGGUGUCUUCACCGCCUCCAAGACUGGCCUGUAUUUCUUCAGUCUAUUCGCCCAUGCCCAAUAUGAUCAAGCAUUCUGUUUCCGCAUUUUCCGGGAAAACACUCGACUUAUUUCUGUCUGUGGCAGAUCCGCGGGCAGCCAUGCAGCUUCAGGUAAUGCUGUGCUUUCGCGGGUCAAGUCUGGAGAGAAAGUCUUCGUGAGAGCCUUCCACAAGUCCUUCAUCUACGAAAACAGUGAAAACACCUACUCUUCCUUCAAUGGAUACUUGGUCAGUCUCAAUUAA